AUGGGAGAGGCUAGCAAGAAUCUUGUUGAUGACACAAAUGUAUUUGCGGAUUGUAUGUCACUGUUUGAUGAUAUUGAAUGGAAAUCACAAAUGGUGGCCUUAAGAGAGGCCAACGGGCAUCAGUGUCCACCCCUUGAGAACAACAAUAACCCACAACAACAGCUUCCCCUCCCUCCAUUGUUGAUGGCUCCUCAACCAUUAAUCGAGCCACCAACUAAGUCUCAGCCUCAUUCACCUACUCAAAUCAUUAAAACAAUUAACAUUUCAUCCUCUAAUGCACCACAACCUCAACAACCACACCCUAAAAGAAGGUCUGACAGGCCAAAGAGUAACACUAAUGAACACCCCUCAUGGUUGCCAUCAGACUGGAUUAUCCAUAGACAGAUUCGCCAACGAGGUGCAAGUAUUGGGCACAUAGAUAAGUAUUAUUUUGAUCCAGCCUCAGGCCGUCAAUUCAGAUCAAGGAAGGAGGUGCUUUACUUUUUGGAAACUGGAACACCACGUAGAAAGAAGAAAGGAGCAGAGAGCUCCAAUGCUACUGAUGUGGAUGUGAGUACAAAUGAGGACUUUUUUCUUCUCGUUGAAGUCGUCCAAGAUCAAUGUUGUUCCUUCUUUCUUACACACACUUCUUCUUUGCAGUCUAUGGGGAGCCAUGGGAGCAAUAACCAGAAGUCUGGCACAAAAGGCAAGACCGCGCCUGUGCCCACACCCACACCCACUCCCACUCCAACGAACUUUGAUUUUUUCAAUGCACCUGAAAAGAUAGAAUGGGUGCUGACAAAUUCUUCUGAAGAUAGCUGGACUCCUUUCAUAGGUGAAGAAAUGGUGCCUGAAAGUACUAAACGAGAAUGGGAUGUUGCAUUCACAUUCCUAACAACCAGCAGCAGUAGUGAGAAAAUGCCUUGAAUGGAUUUUCGCCCAACCUUGUUGUGCAUUUAGGCAUGAUCUCAUAGCAGUUUUUGGGAUAUUAUUCUGUCAAUCCUAGUUGUUACUGCUUUGUAGACCGAUUUUGGUUAGUUUAUAUCACAGACUUGCUCAACUAUUAACCAGUUAUCAUUUUUUGCCAAAAAUAUCAGAGAUUUUAAUAGAGAGGCUUCCAUUGUUGUCUUACAUUAGUUGGGUUCAGUUGUUUUAGCUUCACCUUC